AUGCUCCAGUCUACUACACAAGACAUCAAGUUCCCCAGUGAACAUGAUUUUCUUAAUUCAUCUGCGGCCCAGAUAGCAACACCUGCGCAGCUAGCGUCUAGUAUCACCAGUUUUUACGAAUCCACCGUUUACGCUUAUUGCAUAUUCGACAUGGCGCGAAUUAUACAUCAAACUGUGCUUGAUAAGCGGACCGAAAUGCUCCGUCAUCCGGAGUUGCUUUUAGUUUCACCGUACCUCCUUAUCAAAAAUCCCCGACAUUUCCCUAAGUGCAUCGGUGAGGAGCGGUUUAAGGCUCUACAGGAGGUGUUGCUUGCCCUCUUCUCUAAGCACGAGCAGUCCCCCGAUUCGCUUACCCAGAAGGCGUUGAAAGAGUCCCUCGAAGGCAAGAGCCUGGUGCCCUUUUAUCGCGGUUUAGCCCUCUGCUCGUCGAUCUCCCACUCGCUUUCCGAGCAGGCGGCCCAUGUCUUCGAGGCCUUACUGCUUGAAGGGUCGAUUUCGCAAGAGCUGUGGAUCGAAGGGGAGUACAACGACCGCGCCGUCACGCUCUCCCGAUUAUUUAUGGCGACCGCGCUGGAAUUCGGCUCCGAACCGAUGCUCAACGCAGGCAUCAGUCUUUCACGCCAAAUUGGCAUCGACAUCACCUACACUAUAUCGAAAAGAAUAUGCCUUGCGUUCACACGAAUCCAGAAACGCCGCUUGGAUUGGUCUUUCAAAGAAUCAGGUCAUUCCAAAAAUAAGUUUUCGCCAAAAAAAGGAUGGAAUUUAGGGAAACCAACCUAA